AUAGAUUGAAGCGGCCGGCGAAUCGCUAUGGCAAGUUGUGUCGGAAGUCUUUCGCUGAACUUUGAACCCCCGCCCCACCGCUUUCGAAUGUGAGGAACGAGCCGAUUGCCCGGUCCGAAAAUGUCCCAGGGGUGUGCGGUUUGUGUGGAAGAAGUGCAGUCUUGGUGGGAAGUGCCCGCCAUCGCACACUUCUGUUCGCUGUUCAGGGCAGCGUUCGACCUGCCCGACUUUGAAAUCGAGGAAUUGGAGAAAGCUCUUUCAGAGCAGGACUUCAAGUUCCUUGGGGACCUUAUUGCUUGUCUGCUGCAGGGAUGUUACCAGCGCACUGACAUUACUCCCCAGGCGUUCAGCAGGUAUCUGGAUGACAUCAUCAGCUACAGGUGGGAGCUAGAAGAGGGGAAGCCCAAUCCGCUUCGGGAAGAGCCCUUUGAAAACCUGCCGCCACGCACUCAGGUCCAACUGCUGCACCGUCUCUGCGAUUAUCGUCUGGAUGCUGCUGAUGUUUUUGACCUGCUGAAGGGCCUGGAUGCAGACAGCCUGAGGGUAGAACCCCUUGGGCAAGAUGGAAAUGGAGUCCUCUACUGGUAUUUUUACGGCACCCGUAUGUACAAAGAAGAGCUACACAAGAGAAAAGCGGAGAAAAUCAGUGAAAACCCCGAGUUAACUUUACCCGAAAAAAAGAAAAGAGGGAGACCACCAAAGAAGAAAAGCGGAGAAGACACCGAGCUAAGUGAGGCAGAAAGUGACGAGAAUACAGAAAACGGAAUGGAUGAUGUACCUCCUGCUAAAGGUCAUAAGCGGGGCACCUGGUCUCUUGCGUGUGAAACGGAGGAACAGUGGGUUAACUUGGCCGAAAGCAUAAAGGAUAAACUGUCGCCCCAAGACCGCCAUCUCUACCGUGUCAUCAGCCAGAAUUUUCUGCCUGAGAUCCGCAGCAUGAUAGAACACAAGGAGCGUGAGCAGAAACAGAAGCUUGAGGAUCCAACUCCAUACCGUGCAUCACAAUGUUUCACUGAAAAACACACCAACCAAGAGGCGGUGGUGGACAAUGUGAAUGCCACAGCUGAGUUGGAGAAGAGAGAAGAUGAAGAGCUAGACAGGCAGGUCCUGCUGACCAAGCAGCGGCGAGAAGAGGAACGGCUUCAGCAGGAAGAACGACAGAGAGAGAAAAUGGAGAAGAUAAAAGCUGUGGAGGAGCGGGCAAAGAGACGUAAGAUGCGAGAGGAAAAGGCCUAUCUGUUGUCCGAAGGAAGAGACCUCCCACCGGAACUUCUGAAUUUAGAACCUUCUUCGCCGGUCCUCAGAACACGGAGUACUAAAUUCUAUGACAUGGAAGAGGACUACACGGGUUUAUACAAAGUGCUGGAGGCCUUGAAGGCUCAGAAAGAUGCCUGGCCUUUCUUAGAACCUGUGGAUGACUCCUAUGCCCCCAAUUACCAUGACAUAAUCCAGACUCCCAUGGACCUUUCCACCAUUGAGAGGAAACUCAAUGACGGAGCGUAUGUUGCUAAGGAGGAGUUUAUUUCUGACGUGAAGCUCAUAUUCAAAAACUGCAUUGAGUACAACGGAGAAGACAGUGAAUACACCGUGAUGGCAGAGUCUCUCGAACGCUGUUUUAACCGGGCCCAAUUAAAACACUUGCCAUCAGAGGAGGGCGACACUGAUGAAGAAUUCCACAUCAGCAAAGAAGACAAGGAGCGCAAGGAGAAAAAGCGUAAUCGAAGCAGUAAACAUCUGGGACCUGAAAGUUUAAUCAAGGCCACCGAGGAGGUGCAGCGUAAACGAAGUUCGCAGGGAGGCAAAGGCCAAACGCCAUUGGAGGGCCAGGUCGGCAAGUCGGGUCGACCGCUUCCACUUUCGCAUUGGGGCUUUCCUCUGAGCCGACAACACCAACACGAAGGAGAAACCCGGGGCGUGUACCACCCAGGACAACAGUUCCAUCGUCCUCCUGGACCCCCUGGUCCUCACGGUCUGCGCAUGUACGCUCAUAGAAUGGGCAUGGAUCCCCGUUUUGCCUACCCGGGUCAUAUUCCGAGGCAUGGAGACCCCGACUUCAAUCAUUUGCCUCACAACUUUAACAUGCAGCAUCACAUGGGCCAUAGGUAUUCAAUGGGCCCUGGUGGUAACCGGCAUCUUCGCCAGCAGGAGCACCCUUAUAUGGGUCCAACCCAUGGCCCAUCUCUGGGCCCCCGUCCAAUGGGCCUCCAACUUAGACCUCCUCCUGAGGCCAGCAUAUACCCAUCCCACUACCGUCCAGAGAGCCACGCGAUGCACCCAAUGGGGAACCAAUUAUCACGGCCUGAUGGGCCUCAGCAGCACAAUUACGCAGGCUUGAGGCAUCCUGGCAUAGGACUGUCUAACAUGUGGACUAGUUUGAAUCACCAGCGUCUGGAGAGACCAAGUGGAGUUCACAUGCAAGACCCUAGUGUGGUCAGCCAGCACAACUUGACUUAUGGAGGGGGAGGGGUGCCGCCUCCGGUGGGACAUAAACCGUGGCCAGAAGCUGCUGGAUAUCCCCAACCUCCUCCCAAUGCCCAGUACCAAACUUCUGCAGCCGUGGUCAGUUCCCCGGGCCCCAUGCAGCAACGCCCCCCCUUAACCCACUCGGACUCCUCCACCAAGACGCGGGUAGCCUCUAUGUUGGAAAGUCCAGAGAUGCUAGCUUUGCAGCAGCUGUCGGCCUCCUCGAGACCUCCCGUUGGCUCCCCCCAUCAGGACAUGUUUCACUUUCAACAGUCCAGGCCUCCAUCAGGGCUUGGCAGCAUCCCAACUGAUCCCUCUCAGCCACCCCCAUCGCCUGAGGUUCAGCUGCUGCAUCCUACAGGAGACAAUGGGCCAGACAGCCAGUCUUCCCCACACACACCCAUUCAGCCCGAAGGAACAUCAGAAAACAAAAUCGCCGAUAAAGACAUUUCCGACGAACUUCCUUCAUCUGACAAGAUUGUUUCAGUUAACCGAGAGCACCCAUCCGUUCCAAAAGCCACUCAACACCACAGUGGGCCAGCAGAGGGACUACAGAGCCCUCAAAGACCUCAGAAGACUGUGUCUGAGCAAAAACUGCUCCAGAGUGGGAAAGAGGCCCAUAUGCAGGAAGGAAAUGGACAACUUCAAAUGAAUGGUUCGGUGUCCUUGCACUUCAAUGCUAGUAAAAACAAGAGUUCUUAUCCACCCGACACUGCUCAGCAUGCACAGAGCGGUCCUCUCCAGAGCCUUGCACUUGUCCGCCAGUGUGUGUCUGAAAGCGACUCUCGCCAUAUGCUCUAUACACAUCAGCAUCAUGAGCCGAAUGUCCGAAGACCUCAUCGGCGAUGUCCAACCCAAGAAACUCUAGAUGGAAUAGCUCUAGACCACCGUCAGAACGCUGCUCCACAGAUGAGCCUGAACACAACACAACUGCAAACUUCACAUAUCAUUCGAAGCACGCAGAGCACCUCUACGCAUGGCAUGUCCUAUGGUGUCUUACGGAGAGCCCACCCUGGACCCCCUCUCACCUCUCUGCCCCCCAGCCACCCUACUCCACAUUUACCCUCCCAGCCAAGCCCAGCAGAGCAUGGGGAUCAAACGCCCUGUGAGCCUACAAGUCGGUUGGACACAGAAGGUCCGCACGCAAUGAAAUUUGGGCCUUCUAAACCACCGCAGGCAUUUAGUCCAAGCAAUCAUCGAACCCAGAAGGUGAGUAGUAAUGCAGGUAUGCAGGCAGAUGGAGUGCCAGCAUCUGUUCACAAUACAACCGUGUCUACUCAUUCCCAAGCCCAGAUAAACGGAGCUAUGGGUUCUUACAGCAUAGAGAACCUUCCGCGUCCGCAGUUUAGCCAGACGAGCAUGACGAGGCCCAUUUCUCAUUCCGCUCACCACCUUUAUCACAACCAGACCCUCAACCCGCUCCACAAUACCCAAGACCACUCCAGCUAUCACCAGCAACAGAGAACUGCUUAUUCGUAUCACAUGCCUGGCCCUCAACUUCCCCGUAUCCCCGCAAACAUGUAUCCGCCGCCAUUCCCGCAGGAACACUAUUAUAACCGACCGCAGGCCCAUGACCUUGCCAAUAGUAGAGGGGGUUAUCCUCCAGAGGGUUGGCAGCGAUCUCAACAGUCCACGCUGCCUACUACCUACCUGCCCGCAUCCGGUGCCAAAGGAAACAGUCAGGCCAAUGACGGCCGUGUGUCACCGACGUGCUCGGAGGGCUCCACUCGUGCGACCGGGUUGUCCCCCGAAGCUGGUCCACUCCCUGGAGGCUUGGAGGAGAGCAAGUGGGAAGGCAGAAACAGCGGUAGUGCGAGCCCAGCAAAGCGCACUCAUACUAAGGGGAACUCGGAGCAACCUGAAAGUCCAAAAGAAAUCCUGGACCUUGAUCGCCACAACGCCGCCACCCGCCAUCGUAGCAACCAGCCCCUUGCCUCCACGUCGCAUAUUCCUCACGGCUUCAUGUAUGACCGUCGCACCGUGCGCCUGGCCAUGCAGCCGGGCGCUGCCUCACCCUCCCGCAGCGGAGUUGGUAACGGAGCCCUUUACCCUAGACCUCCAUACCCAGAUCCAGGGCGAUAUACCGUGCAGAGACCUCACCCACACCUGAUGGAGGCCCUUCAGCGGCCCCAGCACUUGCCUCUCUCCCCUGGUCAGAUGCGUACGUCCGUGUACCCUCCCUCCGGUGGCCACUUUCCAAGCGUGAUGUUUCAGCAGAGCGGCUUUGCCUCCGAAAACUUCCUACACCCAGGGCAACCGGUGAUGACUGCACCAGGCGGCACAAGCGGCAAACAAAUGAGUGCGACGUGCUUUGCGUCGUCGGAGCAUGAUGAACGGAAACUAAAGGAAGAGGCGGACUUGCUGACCCCACUGACAUAGGCUGCAGAGGGCACUAUUUACAGUAUACAGCAACUUGAUCGGUUUUGUUACCUUGGCUUCUAGUUUUGGUUGGACUUUUAAGAUUUUGCCAGAAAAAUCCUAGUACUAAAUUCUACUGAGCCCUUGCGAUCAAGAGUGUUUAGGUUGUGGUCCUUUUGAGAGUAUCGUCCCAACAUAAACUUGGAUCUUCCAGCCAAGUGUCUUUUACCACAAGGCCACAAUGCCUUUGAGAACACUGGAUUGCCGUUUCCACUGUGAACAAUCAGAGCAGGGAUGGAUUAACUGAACACAGGCGCAAGCCUUUUCAUCAUGGUGCUGUUCUCUACUGAAUCGCAUCGUUAAACCUCAGGUACUGUAUAAAGAAAGACAAGAGGGUACAGUGGGACUGUCACUUUGACUCAAGACAACUUACAGGUCCAAUUGUCUUGGUUGCUUUUGUGAAUGUAUGAGUGAAUGUUUAGAUGAUAAGCACAUUAGCUGAGACUUGUUAAUCCAGAAGAAAAUACUCUCUCGUAGUACAUCCUUCAGUGGUAUAAGGCUGUAUUUGGCAAACCGUUGAAGACUGGCAAAGAUGCCACUGGUUGUAUUCGGAUUGUACCCGCCGACUUCAUGAUGCACUAUGGCUUUGUUAGACUAAACCUCCUGAAAUUGAGUGGCCUUGGAUAGUCAUUGUUGUUCCUCAAUCCUUGUUCAUGUACAUGUACGAAUAGCUAUAAAUCCACGAGCAAGCCCCUUCUGUGAAGAGAUUUGUCCAAGGUAACCUUUUUUCUGGUAUUGCGUCCCGCUAGCUGUUGCAUAUUAACAGAGCUAACCCAAACUGAACAUCAAAUGUGACAUUCCACCAAGUCUAGAUGUGUUCAUUCACCGCCUUGGCCCCGUGUGUUUACUUCUUCUGUAAUUCGCUUGCUCUUCUCAGGGAUUACACUUUAUACGGGUAUUUUUCUGCACUGUUUUGACGGAGGUGCAGCUAAAGGAAACCUCAGUUUCAUGUGAAGUUUCACUCGUAAGAAGCCUGUUUUCGUUAAGUGGCUACGAUUGAUCUUACAUUUCUUGUCUCAUUGCAGUUUAUUUUAUAUAACACUGGCUUUAUUCAUUUUGAGGGUGUUUGUUGUUGUUGUUGUUGUUGUUGUUGUUGUUUUUCCCCCCCCCCCUCCCACCACCAUCUCACAAUGUGCUGAAAAACACGAUUUUUGGCAGCAAAUCGGUCUACCUCAUUGAGCCAGGUAAUCUGUGGAUUCUAAAUGGUCCUGUGAGUCCUUUUUUUUUUUGUGUGUGUUACCAACCUUGGCAUCUUGUAAAAGUUGUCAUGCUGUGCCAAAUAAUGGUGCUUACUGAUCUACCAAUUAUAAUCAUGAUUUAAAAUUCAUCUCACUGCAUGCUAAAUUAUAGCUUGAGCUCAAGGCUACGUGAUUGUACGUGGUGUUGGUCUAUUAGUUUGACUUUACCGGCACAUUUCUGCGAUCUGCCAGUAGUAUACGUUUGACAUACAGUGGGUACGGAAAGUAUUCAGACCCCCUUAAAUUUUUCACUGUUAUAUUGCAGCCAUGUUUUCCUCAAAGUACACACAGCACCCCAUAUUGACAGAAAAAAACUAAAUUGUUGAAAUGUUUGCAGAUUUAUUAAAAAAGAAAAACUGAAGUAUCACACAGCCAUAAUUAUUCAGACCCUUUGCUCAGUAUUUAGUCGAAGCCCCCUUUUGAGCUAAUACAGCCAUGAGUCUUUUUGGAAAUGAUGCAACAAGUUUUUCACACGUGGAUUUGGGGAUCCUCUGCCGUUCCUCCUUGCAGAUCCUCUCCGGUGCUGUUAGGUUGGAUGGUGAACAUUGGUGGACAGCCAGAGAUGCUCAAUUGGUUUUAAGUCAGGGCUCCGGCUGCGCCAUUCAACAACAGUCACGGAGUUGUUCUGAAGCCACUCCUUUGUUAUUUUAGCUGUGUUUAGCUGCUUAGGGCCAUUGUCUUGCUGGAAGGUGAACCUUUGGCCCAGUCUGAGGUUUUCGUCCAGGAUAUCACUGUACUUGGCCGCAUUCGUCUUUCCUUCCAUUGCAACCGGUCGUCCUGUCCCUGCGGCUGAAAAACACGAUGCCGCCGCCGCCAUGCUUCACUGUUGGGACUGUAUGGGACUGGCGGUGAGCAGUGCCUGCUUUUCUCCACACACACCGCUUAGAAUUAUGGUGAAAAAGUUCGAUCUUGGUCUCAUCAGACCAGAGAAUCUUAUUUCUCACCAUCUUGGAGUCCUUCAGGUGUUUUUUGUUUGUUUUAUUUUUUAGCAAACUCCAUGCGGGCUUUCAUGUCUUGCACCGAGGAGAGGCUUCCGUCGGGCCACUUUGCCAUAAAGCCCCGACUGGUGGAGGGCUGCAGUGAUGACUGACUUUCUAGAACUUUCUCCCAUCUCCUGACUGCAUCUCUGGAGCUCAGCCACAGUGAUCUUUGGGUUCUUCUUUACCUCUCUCACCAAGGCUCUUCUCCCCCGAUUGCUCAGUUUGGCCGGAUGGCCAUUUCUAGGAAAGGUUCUGGUCGUCCCAAACGUCUUCCAUUUAAGGAUUAUGGAGCCCACUGUGCUCUUAGGAACCUGAAGUGUAGCAGAAUUUUUUUUUUUUUUUUUUGUAACCUUGGCCAAAUCUGUGCCUUGCCACAAUUCUGUCUCUGGGCUCUUCACGCAGUUCCUUUGAACUCCUGAUUCACAUUUGCUCUGACAUGCACUGUGAGCUGUCAGGUCUGCUAUAGACAGGGGUGUGGCUUUCCUAAUUAAGUCCAAUCAGUAUCAUCAAACACAGAUGGACUCCAAUGAAGGUGUAGAACCAUCUCAAGGAUGAUCAGAAGAACUGGACAGCACCCGAGUUCAAUAUAUGAGUGUCACAGCAAAGGCUCUGAACACUUAUGGCUGUGAUAUUUCAGUGUUUCUUUUUUAAUCAAUCUGCAAAAAUGUCAACAAUUCCAUUUUUUUCCUGUCAAUAAGGGGUGCUGUGUGUUCAUUUAAUGAGGGAAAAAAAUAACAGGAUUUUAGCAAAUGGCUGCAAUAUAACAAAGAGUGAAAACAUUUAGGGGGUCUGAAUACUUUCCGUACCCACUGUGGUUUGGCAGGAAUACAACAUUUAUAGCAACAGCUACCCAAGUUUUAUAUAUUGAUGGAUGAUCAAUAGGAAAAAACAUGAGCUUAAAGGAGUUAUGACUUAAUAUUCUAUUCCAAUUGUGAAUUGUCUCACUGCAGUGGAUCUAAUCUGAGGUCGUGUAUUCACUUCUGUUAUCUAAUUUGUAAACAAGUGUUUUCCAAGGCUACGUGAGGUUGUGGGUGGUGUCUUGCAGUGUACAGGUGUGGGUGAGUGCUUUUGUGUGCCCGCGUUUGUCUGUUUUGCAGAAUUGACGCCAAGGCGGUCGUUAGUGAAAACCAUUUAGAUGUGAAUUAUAUUUAUUUGCUAUUUUACGAAUGUUUGUACAUUUUUGUGCUUGUUAAUGUAAAUAUGCUGUCCAUGUCUCUUUUUAAUGUCACAAUGUGUGCGUGUAUUCUUUACCUGGCGUUGGCAUUUGAAAAUAAUUGCUUGUCAAGUGGUGUUUACAAGUUUUUUUGUUUUUUGUUUUGUUUGUUUUUUUACUUGAAUGACAAAGUAGAUUGUUUGGGAAAUGGACUGGAGUAUUUUCUAUACUGUACAUCUUGAAAUAAAUAACUUUCCUCAAAUUAAAGUAUUUCGUGUCGAUAUCAAUUUACUCAUUUUGUUUC